AUUAAGAUGUACAACCUGAAGCUAGUAGAGAUACUGGACGGGUUUUGUAUCACGUGUUUGAUACCACUGGCCGUGUUCACACUCUUCUUCAAUGUCUUGGCCCUGAUAGCGGUGGUGAAACUCCGCUCAGAUCACCACGUGUCUGUUCUAGGACACCUGGUAUUCUGCGACAUACUGCUGGUUUUCUGCCAGGCUUACACCCUCAAGGCACUUGUAACCGGACGUGCAGUUACGAUGGAAAUGGACAUAUUAUGUAACGUUUGCGGAGUAAUAUUCAGCACGACCCUAGCUGUAACCUGGUGGUGCCUGACUCUGGCUCAUCUCAUAAAAAUGUGGCACGUGACCAUUACCAGACUGGGAUAUUAUCUCACUACCGGAGCUAUCUGGACUGUGGCUGGACUUCUUGCUGUUGGACCUCUUAUUACCUCUCGGAAUUACCACAUGUCCUGGACUCACGCGAUGUGUAUCUCGAGUGAUGCUGCUCUCUUCUCCCUGCCCAAACACUCCGUAGAGUACAACCUUCUCUUCUCCCUCCUCUUCUGUCUUCAGUACUUCUUACCUAUCACUCUCUGCAUUGUGUCCAUCAUCAAGGGAAUUCAUUCUGGCAAAAAGAGGAUAAGAAGUGGGUGGUCGUGCACGGUUAUGGUGUUCCUCAGUUACUGUCUCCUGUUCACCUUGUGGUGGGUUGAUGAAAUCAGCCGCCACUUUACCAGAACCACCUACCCUAUCUCUACUUCUGUUAUUGUCAGAAGGGCUGCUACAUUCAUGCUGCUGUAUAUGAAGCCACUAGUUUCGUUACUCUCCAUGUAUCAUCUCCUACCAGAAUUCCGGUCAGCCUUUCUCCGGAUAAUCCGCCUGGAGUACAAGUUAGAAGCCCCUGCUCGUCUCUCCGGGCACCAGUAUGAGCGGAUGUACAUUGAGAUUGACGAGACUAUCUCUCCUGGAACGACCCUCUAGUCGCAUCGACACUUUUUAGAGAUGUUUUGGCUCUUUGGAAACGGUCAGUUGGAUGAUCAGUGAACGUUAGCUUACAGUUACAUAAACAAGAUAAUUGGUGUCCGCGCAAUUCUGUAAGACAUAGAAACUUGCACCGGUGCCAGAUUGAGCCUCUAAAUAUACUCUCUGACCCCAAAAACAUUAUUCAAUUGAUUAAUACUGUGUUUUUGAACACUGUUUUAAGAAUGGAAAUAGUUUGGUCCAAGUUGCAUAUAUAAUUUUCUAAUAUUACGACUAAUAGUUUCUGUUUGACAAAUCUUUAACGAGUAUUGUCACGGGGUGUUACUGUUAAACUAAUAUUUUUUUAAAUUUCUCAAAAUUGUUUAAUAGUUUUAGGAUAAUAAGCAGUUUUAUGAUAUAGUAUAUCUAAUCAGUAUCAGUGAUACUAUCGCUAUAAGUAUAACUAUAACUAUUUGAUUUUGAGGUGGAUUUGAUUUUGAUUUUGAGGUGGAUUUUAAAAUAGCUC